AUUUCUCUAGAAAAAACUUCAAUUCAAUUCUCAUUUAUGUCACACUCUUAAGGUUUUCCUUUGCCUCACCCUCAUAGUCGCAAAGCUAAAAUUUUUUUAUUUCAACACAACUUUUCUAAAUGUAGAUAAUAAUGCAAGAAAAAAAUGCAUACUUAAAAAAUACACACAUUGCAUCAACUGUAAUGCAAGUGUUUCUGUAGAGAGGCUAAAAAAAGUCAGUGCACUUGUGGUGUACCAGUUGAUGCAGAAGGUGUGAUCAAGUUGUAUGUGUGACGGUUUAUGCAGUUUUCUUUGACCUCGUGUGUGCUUUUCUUCAUUUCAACUGCCUCCCCAAAAGGUGAAAAUUAUAAUAAAUAGUUUUACAUUACACAUUUUGUUCCAGUAUAUAAAAAAACAGCAAAACAAAACAAAAAUGGGUUGUGUUGCUGUGAAUAAAUAAUGAAACAUGAAAGCCAAAACAGUUCAUCUUUCUCAUAUUAUAUCUUUUGUCUUCUUUAUAAAAGAGAUUUUACUGAUAGUAAAACUGAAUUCUACGAUCAGUUAUAUCAGAAUUAUAGAGCUUGAAUUAUUAAACUCUAUAGUGUAGAACUGUGGGUAAUGCAUCAAAAAUAGUUGUCAUAUCCGCUUAAAGUAAUUUCAGGAAGUGAGAGCCAAAGAAGCGCAUCACAGCAUUUGUCUUAGUGUGGAAGUAACAGAUGCAAAAUGAAUUUGAAGAGCUUUGUGUUCCAAGCUGUGUGGAUUCUCCUUAUUUUACCAUCUUUCAGUGCAGAAAAUCUGUGCAAACGUGAACUUUUAAUAAGCAGUAACAUUUCUGCUGAGCUCCAGUCUGACGUCCUGCUGCCAUGUAACUUUAAUCCUGCUCUCCUCGGAUCAGAUAAGACUGCAGAUAUAGCAGUAGUGUGGAGUCAGAGGAACACAACAAUACACAAUCUAGUGGAGAUCACUCUACAGGGAGUAGCGAAGUUCUGGAACUAUAAAGGUGGACGUAUCAAGACAUUUCCUAAGCUCUCUGAAUCAGGAAACUUCUCCAUUCUCCUUCAGAAAGUGCAGCCGUAUGAUCUGAGUCUCUACCGCUGUGAGCUGUUUAAUGGGAGCAACUGCAGGAUUGCUUAUCAGGAGCUACAGCUACAGCUAAGCCAUGAAAACUAUCAGUCCUCACUCCUAUUGUGGAGCAUAACAGGAGCAUUAGCAGGAGGAAUUGUGCUUGCUGUAUUCACAACCUGUUUGUUACAUGCAAAACGCAGACAAAAUAUCAUUGUUAUCGAGACUGACUAUGGUGUUGCAGGAAAGCAUCAGCUGCAGCCAGAGAGCAGUCAAGAAAACUGUUAUACAGAAGUGAUGUACACUCUCCACAGUACAAAACAGCCAUGGUAAAUACUUAAGAAUUAAAUUUUCUGCAGGUAAUUAAUGUACAAAUGCUGUUUCUUUAUUUCUUUUGAGUUCACUUUAUGGUAUUUCCAUCAUCCCUAAUAAACCUUUUUCCUUCAGAAGAUCACGCAUUAAACGCUGGUACUGGGAUCUUGGAAGAGCAAAAGCAGAACUGAAGAGAGAACACGUGGCAUAUGCUUGUAGGAUCACAGAUGUUGGAGCUUGAAUUAUAAAUCAUGUGUUUGAUCUUUAGGAUAAUGAUUUGUCUUAACUGUGUAUUUCUGAUGUGUGGUUUUUAAAUAUAUGUAAUAAACAGCAUCAAAAAAUAAA